GCGGCGCGGCGCGCUCGGCGGGCGGCGCCGGGGCUGAAGGGGCACGCGGACCGCCGCCCGCGCCAUGUCGUUCCGCCGCGCCUUGGCGCUGGCCGCCUGCGGGCUGGCCGGCGGCUCCGUCCUCUUCUCCGCCGUCGCCGUAGGCAAGCAGCCGGCCCGCGGCGGCGACGCUGAGCCGCGUCCGGGGGGCUCUGCCGCCGCCGCCGUUCCCCCCGCUUCCGCGGCGCCGCCGGGUUUGCUGCUGCUGCCGCCCGCCGCCGCCGCCGCCUCCUGCCCGCCGGCUCCCGGCUGGAUCGAGAGACCCGCCGGUACCGGCGGCUACUGGGACAGCAACUGGGACAGACGUGAACCACUGGCUCUUAUCAACCUCAAAAAGAAAAAUGAAGAAACUGGGGAAGAAGAACUUGCCUCACGCUUGGAUCACUACAAAGCAAAAGCCACCAGGCACAUAUUCCUUAUCCGUCAUUCUCAAUAUAAUUUGGAUGGCCGGGCUGAUAAAGACAGAACUCUGACCCCACUUGGUCGAGAGCAGGCUGAACUGACUGGACACAGGCUGGCAAGCUUGGGAUUAAAAUUUGAUCAGAUUAUCCACUCCUCCAUGACUAGAGCAACUGAAACAACUGAAAUUAUAAGCAAACAUCUCCCAGGAGUCAAAAAAAUUAGUACUGAUCUGCUGAGAGAGGGAGCACCUAUAGAGCCAGACCCUCCAGUCUCUCACUGGAAACCAGAAGCUGUGCAGUAUUACGAAGAUGGAGCUCGAAUUGAGGCUGCUUUUCGAAACUUCAUUCAUAGAGCUGACGCGAAGCAGGAAGAAGACAGCUAUGAGAUCUUUGUCUGCCAUGCCAACGUGAUCCGCUAUAUUGUGUGCAGAGCAUUGCAGUUUCCCCCAGAAGGCUGGCUGCGAAUGUCUCUUAACAAUGGUAGCAUAACUCACUUGGUGAUACGUCCUAAUGGAAGAGUGGCACUUCGAACACUGGGUGACACAGGUUUCAUGCCUCCAGAUAAAAUCACGCGCACCUGAAUGAGCAAAACUGAUGGCUGUCCAGCAGCUGCCUCUAGUCUCUUUGCACUAGUACAUUCAGCUACGGUACCACUAGAUUUUUAUCUGUUACGUUGGGGUGUGAUGCUGUCUUAAAAUGUCCUUUAGCCCCUUGCCUCCUUCAUACAUAUUCAUAUCUGCCUUUCAGUCCAGAAAAGAAGAAAUCUUUGUAAGCCUGAAGCUGUCCAGUCCUCAAGUAUUCCCCAAAACUGAAAGCUGAGCUGUGGAAUACAAAGAGAUUGAAUGUCUGUGUGCUCUGCACUUGCAAGAGCACUGACUUUACCCCCACCCCACCAUGAAUUUCUAUAACCAAAGCUUGCUCCUGUGGGUGUUUCUCUUGUGCAGGAAAGCAAUUGGUGUAGGAACUGGAAGAAACAGCCUUGUAUCACACUGCAGCUAAAACUGAAGACGAGGCAGCUUGUUUCAACUCCUGCAGAACUGACUGACAAACAGGGUAUUCUGCUGUUCCAAGGACAAAGGGAUAAGGCUUCAGUUUCAGUAAGCUGUUGAGGAUGUAUGUUUAUGUUGUGUCAUUGUUCCCCUCUGCCCCCAAAAAGCUCAUGUAAACUGUGCCUGGAGGUUGUAAGCAUAAAGCAAAGAGGGUAAAAAAAAAAAAAAACCAAAAACAUUUGCCUCAGAGCUGUGGUGCUAGAAUUAACUGCUGCUUAUACUAAAAGUGUUCCUCCAUCCUCAGGAAGUACUUUAAGCUAUUCUGAACAAUGUUUUUCAGUCUCGUAAAGCUAAACUCGUAAAGUUUCUUUAACUAAAACUUUGUCUGCAGAAGGAUGUAGGGAUGAGUUUGUAGCAGUAAGAUGGAAGGAAAGGAAAGCAGCAAUCUUCUGAAAGUGCUUCCAGUUAGUUAAUGACUCAGAUUUUUCACUGCUUUCUCCCAGUGAUUUGUAUUUGUUUGUUAAUACUUUGCUUUCAGAGUAGAGAAAUACCACCACUGAGGUCAAGGUAGUGAUAUUGCAGGUCAGAGGUUCUGCAGUAUUGGAGCAAACUGCUGCUUAGAACUCCUGUUGCCUGAAUGGUGAAAAAGGAUCUAUGGGAUGGCUUUUCUAGUGCGUAGUACAGCCAUCAGGCAGAAUGCUUUAAGUGGCUCCUUUGUACAGCUCUGACACUGCUGCACUUGUUCUAGGAAAAAUGCAGGUGGCUGAGACCUCAGUUUCAUUUUUUGAGGGGCGUGAGUGUUUCAUUUUAAGGAUGUUUGCUAGGUACCUGAACCAGUGUAGUAAUGAUGUGGCUCACAGUACCUGGAAUGUUGAAAAAUUUCACCAUGUGCAUAGUCUGUCUUGGUGAUAGAGCACAUACUAUAGGACAGCAAACAUAACUAGCUUAUUUGACAAGUUCUCUUACCACCAAUAAAUGUUGAUGAGGUCCUAAACUUGUUCCUCUCAGAGCUGUAUGAAGCAUAAUCGUGGCACACAACCUAGUGAGACAAGGUUGAAGGGCUUGUUUGAUACAGGACUGCUACAUCAGGAUGAUUUAAGGAAACUGGGGCUAGCAGGGAACAAAACAUGAUUGUUGUGUGGGGCAAGAGGAAACCAUUGUGACAUAUCUCUGAUGCAAUGAGAAUAAUUUAUCUGGUUUUGUCAAUUAACUUUUUAAAAGUUUUGAAUAAAAUAACUGGUCUGUC